AUGCGCUUCACCCUUGCAGCCUUCGUGGCCAUGGCCGCCACUGCCUUCGCGCAAAGUCCGGAUUUUAAUCCCAUCUCCAAGCCGCUCAAGAACGAGGCUCUCGAGGCUGGCACGGUCUACACGAUCGAGUGGCAGGCCCCGGUCCGCACCGCCGCCAAGUAUGCCAAAUCCAAGGUCAACAUUCAUCUCAUCGGCGGCGCUACUCAGAACACUCAGGUUCGCCUCGAGCCCAUCGCCACUGGUAUCGACAACUCUGCUCUCCGUUAUGAGUGGAAUAUUGACCCUAACCUCGGCGAUAAGGCCGUCUAUGGCCUGGUCAUUGAGGUUCAGGGUGAAACCUCCGUCUUCCAGUACUCCAACCCGUUCACUAUUAAGGGCAAUGGUGGCAAGGCCUCCGGCAGUGGCUCCGUUACUCUGACGACCUCGCACGGCACCAAGACGAUCACGCUGUCCUCGACCAGCGUUCCCAGCUCCACCACCACCUCGCAGGCUCACCACAACACCACCACGUCGACUACUAUCCGCAAGACCACCACGACGUUCCCCAGCAACUCGACGACGCUGACCACCAAGCCCGCCAGCUCGACUGGCCCCGUCGUCAUCACCAGCACCGCCGUCGUCAACCCUUCCAAGACGACUGCCGCGCCGACGGUGCCCACUGCCGCCGCCUCUUUCGUGGGCGCCGGCUCUCUCAGUGUCGUUGCUGGUCUCUUUGUUGCCCUCCUGGCCAUGUAA